AUGAGCACCCCUCUGGUUUCAAGCAAGGAAUGUUCAACUGGAAGUCCCAUUAACAGCAACCAAGAUCAAGUUGACAAUGAAAACGUGAGCAACUUAGGUGAUGACAAUGCCAACCAAAUAUACCCAACAAGAAAAACUCAGGAACAGGAUUCAAGCAUUGAAAAAUUAGGGGAGUUGUCCACGUCACAGUCAGAAGAUCUUUCCCAGUCAUGUGAGGAGCACAGUACAUCACUCACCUCUGGUCAGGGUUCUCCUUCUGGUGAUCAGUUGUUGCGUGAUCGAAAGUCACCGUCCCUGACAGAAAAAGACAUUAGCAAGAACUAUAUGACUGACGAUGCUAAAGACAGCUUGAAAGCAACUGGAGCUUCUGAAGGACAAUCUCAGGCACAUUCAAAGGCUGAUGUGUUUGACAGAAGUUUGGUGUAUCCUCUAAGCAGAGUUAGUGAAUCUUCCCACAGUAUGUGUAGUAAUAACACUGGUAACCUAUCAUACAGUGAACAGCUUAAAGGAGUUUCCUUUCUGAAAUCAGGUAUGGUAUCCACAAAAUCAGAAACCUUUGCUAAAGAUCGUAUUUCACCAACACCAUUUUUGACCUCUCCGCCCAAGUAUUUACAGUCGCCAAAUUACGGGAUUAGGGCGACCAAUUCAUCAAUACCAGUUGACCAUUUAUUUGGAUUCUCUUCCCAUACACACAGUUGCAGCUCAGAGGAAAAAAAAGUUUUACUUUUUUCCAGGUCACCUACCUCAGAUGUCAAUGUCCCGGAAUUUUCUAUAGGCGAGGGAGCCAAUAAGCCAAGCACACUACAUCCCAGUCCCACAAGCACUGACCAUCAUUUAAGAGUCCUCUCUAAACCUCAGGUAAUUUUUAAUAUAACAGAAGCACAAGUAUAUCAGGGUCAAACACAAAAAACUUCAGAAAUUUCAGAUUCAAAUUUGUUACAGUCGAAAAGAAUCUGUCGGCACAAACAAGACCAGAGUAUGGUGACUGCUUUUUCGGGUACAAAGACAGUUGGAUAUGUUUCUGAAACCAGAACAUCUCCAGUUUCAAAUCUUUGUGCUCCAUUGGGUCAUGUUGAUACGUCCCAAUGUUACAAAGUCAUAAACCAGGUAGACAAGGGUUUUGGUAGCAGCCCUAAAUCAUCUCAUUUCAGUCUAGCAAAUAAAAGGCCGGACGAAUAUGCAGCUGAUAUGGUUAGAGAGCUGAGUUCCAAGCCUGCUAUACGUAAAACAACAUCACUCAGUGAUUCCCUGGAUAAUAAAGCACAUCUGAAUAAAGACAGAGGUUCACUUGAAAGUUUUCUUUGCCAGGACAGUGACAAUAAUUUUGUUUUAAGCAGCAACAUGGCUUCCAUGAAGGAUAAAAUGGCUUUAUUUGAGAGCAAAAAGGCCAUGGUUGGGAGAAAACAUCAGUCAGACGGUUUAAAAGGCAGCAUGAAAGAAAGCCAAAAGGAUCUAGCUGAUACCUUUUCAUGUGCUCCCACUUUAUCAGGCCCCGUAGCAGCAGUAAAUAUUAAUGAUCAGUGCAUCGCCUCACCGAGCAGCUCUACGGAUCCUAAUGCUGUUCAUGUUGACAGAAUGUCGCCUUCCUCAGUUCUGCCUUCUUUUGAUGGUACACAGGUCUUAAACUUUUCCCCCAAAGCUACUAACAAGAUGCUUUGUAGCAGUGGAAUUCCAAAACCAAUACUUAUACAUUCCAAGCCUUGCCUUGCAAGUAAAGGAGAUACGGACACCAAUGACAAUGAAAAGCCAGUAGAAGCAACGGAACCAAAUAUAAUCCUACCUAAACCCAAACAUGUGCGGCCUAAGAUUAUUACUUACAUUAGAAGAAACCCUCAAACAAUAGACAGACUUCCAUAUGGUCCAGUGAGCAUGCCUUUUGGUUCUUCUGCUUGCAAUGUUCCAAUGACAAGAGACCAUGAGGUCUUAGGCAGUGACAUUAAUGCUUCCAAUGUAAUAAUAGAUACAUACAAAGCAGACCUGCAGAGAUCACGAAUAUACACCACUGGUUUAAUGGUGACUGGAAAAAGGCCUCCUGGACAUCAUUUUGGGCAGAUACAUGAAAAAUCAAUGGAAGAGACAGCUGAAAGAACAGGGAAAGAAGAGUUCUCUUCUCCCCCAUUUACUCACUAUGAAGUUCCUCCCAGUUUCUAUCGAUCCACCAUGAUCUUAAAGCCCCAGCUCGGUUUGGGUGCGGUCACCAGAUUGCCGUCAACAAAGAGCAGAAUCUUGGCCGCGAGCCAACGGUCCUCAACCAUCGCUCUUCCACCUCAAGAACAAGUGGCAUCCUCUGAAAGCCUCACCAGUGCAGAAUCUUCAGAGGAUGCGAAACCAGCAAUGAUUCCUAAUGGUGCCAAAUCGAAUCUUCCCAAGCCCUGUCAUUCAGGCCUUCGUCCGCCUGGCUAUUCCCGGUUACCCGCUGCUAAACUAGCAGCCUUUGGAUUUGUCAGAAGCUCUAGUGUGUCAUCUCUCUCAAGUAACCAGUCUACUGAAAGCAUCCAAAGCGACCACAGCAGAUCAGCCAGCGCAGGUACAAGCCUUGCAAAUGAAGAGCAAUCCACUCCAAAGAGCAUCUUGCCUUCAAAGGAUAUCCUCAAGGGUAGCAGUAGGACUGUACUGCAAGUGUGUAGCAGCACGAUAAUUCCCCGCAGGAGUUUACUUCCAGCACCAAAAACAUCCACAUCACCUGCUGGGUUGAAGAAGGAGACACAGAAAGACCAUGAGAUUAUUAAUAGACCAGCUCUUUCAUCGCCUAAAAGACAAGCACCAACAGCUAACAAGAUUCAGUCACCAGGACACCCCAAACUCAGGCCGACUAUCUCCAAGAAUGGAUAUGCUGUCAAGCCAGAAGUACAGUCCCGAGAAUCUGAUCGUCAGGUCAUCCAGAAGCUCAAAGAAAAGUGUGAGGAGCAAACAAAGAAGCUCUUAUUGGCCAGAGAAGAACUGAAGAAAGCGAGCUGUGGGUUUGCAGUCUUUGCCAUCACUACUCAGUACUUCUUUCAGAAGAAUGAAAAUGGACUUAUAAAGGAAAAGCAGCUGCUGGUGGAACUUUCAACAAUCAGAGAUGAAGUGGUUUUUAAUAUCACCCGGUGUGAGAAAUUGCAAAAGGAGAAAGAGGAGUUGGAAAUGAGAUUUGAUAAUGAGGUGAGGAAGUUGGAACACGAACAAGAAGAGGAGAUCCAGGGGCUGAAGGAACGGCUGGAGCUGCAGUACAACGAGGAAGCCAAGCGAUUGCAAAAGGAACAGAAUGUCCAGCUUGAACGAGUUAGAUCCCAACACCUGGAACAGAUUGAAGACAUGGCGGCCACGCAUGAAGGUUCACUGUCCCAGAUAAAGCAGAACUAUACAGCGGCCAUUCAAGCAAUCCGUGAUGAGCAUGAAAACAGAAUUCACGAAGUGAAACAGAACCACGAGCUUGAAAAGAAAACACUGGAGGACAAUUUUGAAAAACUGCAAUUGUCGCUCCAGGAUCAGGUGGACACAUUAACGUUCCAGAAUAACACGCUACGAGACAGAGCAAAGAGGUUCGAGGAAGCACUGAUGAGGAACACCAACGAACAGUUUGAGAUUGCUCUAGCUCCAUACCGCCAUUUAGAUGAAGAUCUGAACAGUGUGAAACAAGUGCUGGAGAUAAAGAACCAGCUAAUCCAUCAACAAGAGAGGAGGAUAAUGGAAUUGGAAAAACUGGCUGAAAUCAAUGUUCUCCUGGAGGAGAAAGUUCAGGUCCUUCAGCAGCAGAACGAAGACAUGAAAGCCAGGAUUGCCCAGAAUGUGGUUGUGACCAGGCAAUUAUCUGUCGAAAAUGCCAAUCUACAUGAAAGCGUAGAGAAGGAAAGCAAGGAAAAGAAGAGGUUAAGUUGCACAAAUGAGGAGCUGGUAUGGAAACUUCAAUCUACCCAGUCCAUGAGUCCCAUCAAAUUGCCUUCUUCUCCCAUUAACCGCUCAGUUUCAGGCUCUCUUUCUCCGUCCAAAGCCAACAUGUCGCCGAGAUGAUACUCGAGCAGUGAAUGACGAAUAGGCUUGAGUUCCUUAAAGAAGUUCACUUGAGAACAAUGUGUUCCAGAAGCAUCUUCCACCCGAUAAAGUAGGUCCCUGCCACUGACUGGGAGAGUAGAGAACAACUCCUGCUUUCAGACGAUGACGCCAAGCCAAGGAAACGGAGAACAACACAAAGACACAGUACUUUUUAAACAAGGAUAAACCACAUUCGCGUUUCAGGUUCCAUACAGUCCAAAAUGCUGGGGAUGUAUAUACAGUUGUACAUAUACAAAUAAAAAUCUUAUCUCCUUUCUUAUCGGAUAAAUGCUUAUGGUCAGCCAUUUUGGUUUGUUUUUUAUUUUUAAUUGGUGCCUAUGUCUUUUUACCUAAACGGGGCCUAUCCCAUUUUUACUCCUAAUAAGGGACUGUUUCUAAAAAUAUCAAUAUAAGCGCCUUCUCUUUUCAUACCACAAAAAAAAAGCGGGAUGACUCACCAGCGAAAUGACCCGUAGGAUCUUCUCUGCCUUUGCAAUAAUGGCCAGCAUGUCAGGCUCUCCUAUUUCUUAUACCUGUGUAAGUAAGACUUUUUUGUAUUCAAACUGCUGUCAGAGUUGGCAAGUUAUACAGAACUUGGGAUUUCCUACAACUUCUUGGCCUGGUCCAAAACUCAGAGUUCAACACUAAGCCACUGACUGAGGUUCUCUAUGUCUGGAUUAAUGUGUUUAUUGUGAAUAUGAAUGGAAGUGUAGUAAUAAAGAGAAGCGAAUUUCCAAACGCA